AUGACAGCUGGCAUGACCAGUGCCUCCAGGCUGGCCCCUCUGACAGCUCACAAUCUAGACGCCGACACCUUCGACCCGCUCAUUCCCCGGGUGGCGCAGCAGGCAAUCACGCGGUCCCCGAUUCGACUUCCCUGGGAGGCCCGCGUCCUGCCACUAGGCAUGUUCUUCCGGUCCGCCAGAGCGAAUAAUAACGCCAAUGGAGACGGCAAUCCGUUUGCCCCGCAGUCAGCUUUCGAUGCAGAAUCCCUCAGCUCGACACCGGUCGUGUUCACGGCGUACGAUGGGGGUGGCCGCUUCAGGUCCUCCGAAGCGAUAGGCUCAUCCGCAUCCACGGACCAUCUGAGCGUGGGCGGUGGCGUCGGCGUGGAUCUGGGUUUCCUCGACGCUAGCGUCUCCGUCCAAUAUGACAGAGACGUCCUGGAGAACCGAGACUCCACAAAGGUCUCGGUCACGACGAGUUACCGCGCCGGAUCGGUUGUCUUUGCCCGUCCGCCAGAACUCUCGGCGGAUGCAUUCCAGAUUCUCUACGGCCGGGGCCCUGACGAGUUCAAGGCAAUUUUUGGCGACUACUACGUGGGCGGUUACCGGAUCGGAGGGGAUGCAUCAGUGCUCUUCAGCACGGAUACGAGCUCGCGCAGCGAGACGGAGACCAAAUCAGUCAAGAUUAGCGUGGAGUCCUGGUUCGGCGACUACCACAAGGAGUGGUCGACGAGUUCGACAAGCACCGAGCACCACGCCGAGGUGCGCGUGAGUGCCUACUCGACAUUGGAGCAGGCGCUUGUUGGAGAGACCGUGAUGAUAGGGACUGCACGGUUCCAGGCGGCAAUCGAACAGGCUCAGGGGAUCCACCAGCGUGCGCAGGGGCUGGCGGAUAGCAUCGCCAAGGAACUAGCUCAAAUUGGUGUGAAAAAGGGGAAGCUGGUGACCCAGCAGCAGUGUAUUCAGCUGUGUGAGAGUGGAGCCGUCAUCGAGCUUCUCCUCUUGCCUGUGGAGUCUCUACGGCAGGUUCGGUAUUGGACGCUUCUACAGUCAUCGCGUGAAUCCUUUGACUAG